GAAAACGAAGCCCGUUUCCGACAGAAGCUCCGUUACGUAUAAAAUUAACCAUUCAAAGAGAAGAAGCCCCACCAACGCCGAACGACCAAAGUCGUCAGUCCAUCCCGUCAGAGCUGGAUUGAUUGCAGAGCGAAGAUUCGGUGUAUUCUCAGUUCUCCCUCUCAUUGUUUAUAGUUGCGACUCCGGACGGAUUUCCGCCAUGGAAGGUCUCUUCAAUACGUCCGAGUCCCUGCGAGUGAACUGAUACACGUGAAUACGACUGAAAACCGGCCAUGGCGUCGCUCUCCCGCUCUUUUUCCACUACUUCCGAAAUCUGAAAUCGUGUGUUCUGCAUUGCAGCCACGCCGUUAAUAAGGUCGAGUUCACUUCUACGGCCACCGAAUGCAUCGAUUUCGUGAAAUGAUCAGUUCCGAACUCAAAGAGUAAAGAUGGUUAUACUUGAAUUUCGGAAUGGAAAUUCGUUGUUGCGAGUCCGAUAGACUAUUUGGUCUCCUAUUACCGUUUUAAUCAUAUAACUAGAACUAUUGAAUUUCUGAAGAUAUUGAUGAAGAUGGAGGUCUCUUGUGAGCAUUCUUGUAAAAUUGAUUCAGAGUUGUUGAAUGAUGGAAGCUCUGAAGUAUCACAUUUGCAGAGCAUUGAGCUGGAAUCAACGGAUACUGGUAUCCGUAGGAGCCUUGGCUCAGAUCAACAGUUUCAUUCCAUGGGUGCACUGGAGAUCUUGAGGGAAACUGUUAGGAUCCUUCGUUACAAUUCCCCAGGUUUCAUGAUGAUUGCAGCAGUGCUCAUUUGCCCCGUCUCUGCUGUAGUCCUCUCUAAUGUUUUAGUUGAUCAUUCUAUUUUAAAGAGACUGAGUACUAGACUUUUGUUAGUUGCGAAGUCAAGUGGACUGCCGUUGGACCCCUCUAUUAAACAGUCAUGCCAACGUUUAUCAAAUAUGGCUCUCUCUGCCGCUUUCUGCUUCCCUUUCUACAUCACGCUCUUGCUAUUAUCCAAAUCUGCCAUUGUGUACUCUGUAGAUUGCACAUACUCCAGAAAGAAAUUCAAUAUAUCCAAGUUCUUUGCAUUCAUUGUCAAGAUCUGGAAACGUCCGGUUUCAACAUAUGUAUGGGCAUGCAUGGUUAUUGUGGGUUGUCUAGCCCUGUUUCUUCUUCUUAUGGUUGCUAUUUGCAACAUGUUCUUUAUGGCAGGUUUUCCAUCUACCUUACUUAUCUAUCCAGCUAUUAUGGUGGGAUUAGUAUUCUCCAUUCUUUUUGCCAAUGCUAUUAUCAUCUGCAAUCUUGCAAUCGUAAUUUCUGUUUUGGAGGAUGUGUCAGGCCCACAGGCUUUGCUUAGAUCAAGUGUCCUAAUUCAGGGCCAGACCCAAGUCGGUCUUAUGAUCUUUCUUGGAUCAACAAUGGGAAUGGCCUUUGUGGAGGGGUUGUAUGAGCAUCGAGUGAAGACCCUAAGUUAUGGAGAUGGAUCUUCCAGGAUAUGGGAAGGUCCUCUUCUGGUGAUUAUGUAUUCAUUUGUGGUGCUUAUGGAUUCUAUGAUGAAUGCAGUGUUCUACUUCACUUGUAGAUCUUCUAGUAUUGAAGCCUUGGAGGGAGAGCAUCACACCCCAUUGGAAGUUAUGGAUGUUCCCUCUGGAUCAGCUGAUAUUCAAUGACAGAUCCAUACACAAUUAAUUCUAUCUCAACCUCUUUUUUCUUAAUGAGAAAGGUGGAUUUUUGACUAUUAGUCAUCAGAGGCUCUUAGAUUAUCAUUCAAUUACUCGUUGGCAUGUAUUUUUAAUGCUGUUGCUUCAGUUUUCUGAAAACAGAAACAUCCAAAGGCCUUAUUACUGCAAUGGUGUUGAUCAUAUGGAAGGAAUUUUGGACACAAUUAAUAUCACUUUUUUGUAUACAAUGUAUUUCUUUUCUUGCCAGCUAUCAAAACAAUACAAGGUUACUUCAAAUUGUUUCGUAAAGGUUCA